CGCUCCUCCGCUAGCGACCCUGGUGCCGGAGGUCCUUGUUCAUUCUUUAUUCAUUAUCGUUUCACUUACAAACUCAGUCAAUGGAACGUGCAAAGGGGACACAGGAGAAUUUAAAAGAGAAACGAAUAACCGUACCCACUUGGUGGCGUCCUGGCGGUGGAAGGAAACGCACAACCUCCACAAUUCCCUUCUAUUACUAGGGCAAGUGAGCGUUGCCCAACCGUUAAACAAUUCUGACACAUGUGCACGAACACAUACGCCGGAGGACGGUUUUUAAAAGGCCCAAGCACAUGAUGCAACCGAGAAGGGGACAGGAAUUAUGUCCUGACCCGGUGGUAUCCACAAAGGCAGGAUCCAGCCGUUGGACUAGAGCAGGACCUCACCGCCAAGCGUUUCGUUCGCGUAACGAAAAAGGACAUCUGGCGACGGUACGAUCGAACGCGGGGACGUGUUCAUUUUCCGAGCCUAUAUACGCACACACACACGAACACAGACGGGAUGUAAGUGUAAUGCGAGCAAGAGGUCAGAGAGUAGAGGUGCCAGUAGUGUGUACCGUACGGCAGGACAGAACGUACUGCGUGUCUGUAGCCAACGGUCAACAGGACCACCGAAACCGAGAGCUAGCUAGAACAGGACGACCAGUCACUGCACCGACUGACCACUGUGACCGCACGAAGCUGUGGUCCCCGAUCCGGCGAAGCCUUUGUCCAGUCGGUCUCAUCGUACGCAGACGGUAGCAGCAACGGCCAACCUGUCCGUCAAUAGUUAAAGGGGCGCGCGCACAAAGAAGGAGGGUGAAAAAAAAGCGUCGGAAAAUCGUUCCCUUAACUCCCUCCUUGCCCGGAAGGGGGGGGCGCGAAGAAAAUUUUAAUUUUAAAGAAAGAAAAUAACACAAAAGUGUGCUACGAAACAUUCCCCCCCAAAAAAGUGAAACGCUCGGUGGCAGAUCGAAUCUCAAACUAAUCGAUGAAAUGCUGUCCAUGAUCGAAUCGUUACGCGACAUUCGACGUGAGCGGCCCAGUGCGCCUGUUUUCCGUUGAAAAAAUUUGUCAUCGAUCCUUGGCCGAGUGUGACCAAACGGCGUGCCUGGUGUGUGUGUAGUGAACCAUCAAGAAGAAAGAAUUUUUAAAAGACGAGUGCUUCAUAAAUGGGUAAUUUCAACGUUUAAAAUGAAAAAUGUGCGUUUAACAGAUAUUGAUAGGGAGAAAGUUGGUCCAAAAAAAAGCUGUCCAUUGGAGGAUUUUUUUUUGUCCUGCUCGCUUGCGUGAAUAAUUGAUAACGGCCGCUGAUGCGUUGGCACUUACGUGACCCGUAAAAGUGAAGCUAGGAAAGCGUUCCUUGCGAAACACCAGUGUCUAUCAGUUUAACAAGGAUUACGAAUAAACCCAUGGACUUUUCUCCUCCCGGUGAUGGAUUAAAGCAUUCGAAUCAUGUACGCAGUGCGCAAUUUCUAGUGUCCCCUGGAUAGAGCGCUGUAGUAAGGUGGCGUGUAGUGUAGUGUAGAGUGUGGAUGUGUCGCUGAGAAGCCUCGGCCUCGUGGCUUUUUCCUCUGUUGCGGUGUUGAGGAGAUUGAUUUGAGCAUACGCAGCUCCGGCUGGCAGUCGGGUACGCAAUCACACCAUGACGCAACUCGAGGAGGACGACCUUUUGAACAAUUUGCUAAAAAUCCCCGGCACCAUCAUCAUCUACAACAACGAUAUGAGCUCCUACGAUUACAUACUAAACGCUCACAAUGUGGCGCUCCCGUUGACACCGGCAACGUCCACUGCCGGUUCCGCCACGUCGGAACAGUCGGUGGACGACCUUAACAGCAGUACAUCGAUCGAUGCGGACAUGACAGCAUCGCCGGGCCAUAACUACACCAGCGGCAUUUCCUCCAUCGCACUCGAUACCCCCGGUAACUCCGAGCUGGAUCAGAGCUUCAGCAGUGUGGAAACAUCCGGCCCCGGGAUAUCGGAAUCUUCCGACGAUCCCAACGCACCGGGUCUCUGCUGCACCGGUGAGCCGGAAACCGAUGAGCUCGAGUAUGAAGAGAUGGACACCGGGCCGGCAGAAGCUCGGGAUGAGGACGACGAGGAUGAUUCCGAACCGGAGCUAACGAAUUUGUCCUGGUUGACGGAGCUGAAGAACAUCACCAACCUGACACCCUCGGACGCUCCGCUCACGGAUUUGCCAACGGCACGGUUCAAUAAAUUUAUCGCGCAAGUACGAAGGAGUCGAGAGACGUACGACAAGCGCAAAGAGCAGUACACGUCACUGGCGAGCUCGCUGGAAAAACCACCCUUCAACUAUGCACAAAUCAUCGCAAUGGCCAUGCUGGAGGAGGGCCGCAUGACGCUCAAGCAGAUAUGCAAAUGGAUUCAGGAAAAGUUUUCCUACUACAAAGUGCACAAAAACUGGAAUAACUCCAUCAGGCACAAUUUGUCGUUGAGUUUUUUCUUCACCAAAGUACAACGGGCCAAAGACGAGAAGGGCAAGGGCGGCUACUGGGAACUAUCCAUGGAUGUGUCAAAAAGCGAACGGCGCCGGGUACGUGUACGGCAGCGGAACAAAUCAACCAACAAUGGCGGCUCACAACAAGCCAACCGCCGAUCAACAUCGGCUCGCUUUGAGUCAAAGGCAACCACAUACAGCACUGUCGAGCCUGCUGGCAGCAUCACCAACAACAACAACAACGAGCAAACGGUUAACAACAAUCUUCCUAAGCAGCCGGCGGCAGCAUCCUGUGAGGUAACGCCAGUAGCGAUCGAACCAACGUCCCUACUGUCACCAACGAUCGAUUCACAAGGAGCGCAUCGGGAAGAGCAGUUAAUUGCGCUGGACAGCAAUAACAACAAUUGUCCUGCGCCGCAAGCCGCAACCGUAACUGCUCCUCUGCAGGUACAGAACGUGCUGAUCGAUAUUAUUGACAACUACAGCAAAUCCGCGCUGGAUAACGUUCUGCAGCCGCUACCGGAACAAACGGAGCACUCUACCUUGCAGCCGGCGGUGGUGCAGCUACCGGUAAGCGAGGCACAGCUAAUGCAGGCCAGCGCAAUGGUGGAAAGCUGCACGAUCAACUUCGAUUCCAUCAUCAACGGUGAGCAUGAUGGUGCCAGUAUUUUCAACAAUCUCAACGUGGACGAGAUCUUUUCCGAUAACGAAAUUCCGCAGCCCGCAAACGACGACAUCAUUGUGCCAUUCUUCAGCAACGUCCAGCAGGUGCAGGCCGGCCCAAACGUGGUGGUGGAAACCAUCCCCUACUAUCUGCCCGACAUGGGACACUUUGACGAGAGCGAUUUCGGCAACCUGAUAAACAUCAACGAGCAGGAGAUUAGUGACGAGUUUCUGAACGAGCAUGGAUUUCUGUAGUGAAGCCGUAGCCAGGUUUCGGAGGGACGUAGCUGUUUUCUCACUCUCUCUCUCUCUGUUAGGCGGUAUCAAGUGGUCGACCCCAUUAUUGAAGGGAGUCCAACCCAUCAAUGUAGGGUUAUCUAGUCUCACUACAUUUUAGAAGUACAGAACAACAAUGAACCAUCAUUACACACACUACUAACCUAAGAAUGGAACAGAUCAAGUGCAACUUUUUAAGUAAGAACCCGGCGAAAAGGAUUACCGUUCGGCGCUGGUGGGACAAACAGUCUCGCCGGAAGUUCCUCCUCCUUCUGCUCAUCUGUAAAUACAUAUUAAGUGGAUGGACGGGUGAAGAGGUGACGCAAGAUUAUCGAAUAAAAAAGUUUUCAUUUCAGCAAAA